CAUGUCUCUCAUGGCUUCAGCUAGACCAGGGACGAGCUUCAGCAGGAAGUCUAGCUCAACAAACUGCGCAUGUUCAUUCAAAGCCUCUCACUAUGUAAGGAUGACACCGACGGCGAUCUAAACGGAGAGAGGAGAGAGCGGGCUAUGGCAGAGACAGAGGUCAUUGUGUCCGUGGAGGACAUGGUGGUGAUGAAGACUACUGAAGAAGAGGAUGCUGAGCCUAACGAACAAAACAAGACUCAAGUGAUUCUGCAGCUGCAGCCCAUCACAGCUGAAACUAGACAACAAAUUGCAUCAACACAUCCCAGCAUGGACAUGCUUGCAGAUGAAAGCAAUGAGACAGAUGCUGCAGUUGUGGCAGUGGAGACACAAGAAGAGGCGUCUACUGAAGGCGAGGAUUUGGAGCUUGGUUAUCCCAUUACAUGCGGCGAGAGUAAAGCCAUUCUUCUAUUCAAGAAGUUUGUCUGCCCUGGAAUCAAUGUCAAAUGUGUUAAGUAUGAGGAUCAGUUGAUCAGUCCAAAGCAGUUUGUACACAUGUCUGGUAAAGCCACAUUGAAGGACUGGAAGCGUGCAAUCAGAAUGGGAGGGGUUAUGAUCAGGAAGAUGAUGGACUCAGGUCAGCUGGAUUUCUAUCAGCACAGUACACUUUGUACAAACACCUGCCGCAGCACUAAGUUUGACCUGCUCAUCAACAACACACGCUUCCCACCGGACAGCAGUGGUGUCAACACACCCACCACAGCUCAGGGGCAUGUUUCUGUGGCUAAUGGAGGUCUGGUGAAUGUGGCGGUGGAGAAGACAGAAGAUGUGAUGGGUACGGUGGAGUGGAGCGCGGCUACUGUAGAAACCUCAGAGAAAAGAGACUCAACUGACAUCUCAGAUGAGACGUUGAGUUUCUGGAGGGGUAUCGCUGAGGUGGGGCUGAUGGGGGAGGUGGUGUCUAAUAUUCGCUCUGAGCUGUUGGGUCUGCUGAGAGGAGUUCAGCUGCGCACUGACCAGAGCUUGCUACAGGACGCAGAGAUUGCAGUUCUGAGUAACCUGGCACAAGUCUUUGAACUGCUCGACUCCAUCAAACACAUUCUGAAUGUUCGAAGGCAACUGACAGACCCCGAGCAGACACAGGUCCUCAGAACACUGACAACAUUGGAGCAGCAGGUGGAAGAACAGAAGCGGCAGCAUUCUCUCAGCUGGUUGUCUCCAUCACAGGCCCUCAGCAGUCAAGUUAUCCCCUCCACCCCUCCUGCCAAACGCGCUCCCAAACGACCCCGCCUCCAGCGUCCCGCCUCCACCACAGUGCUCAACACAUCCAUAGCCCAACCCCUCACCCUCCAGCCCCAACAGUUCACUGUCCUCUCCCCGAUCACCCUCUCCUCCAUCGGCCAGUCAUUCACCGUGGCCGGCCUCGCUCAACCAUCCAACACUGUCACCCUACACGCUCUGCACGCCGGCUCGCAGCUCUUCACACGAAUUGCUGCAGUUCCUGAUGGAAAAACAGAGUCUUUUACCCUCCACCCCGCUUCUGGCCUCACGUUAUUUGGCGCCACGCCUGUUCAGGACCACGGACAGCUUGGGACCAUGAUGAGCCCUGUAGAGCUAGUCCAGCUGGCGCAGAAAGCGACAACACAUGGUGUAGCCCAAGGUACAGUAGUGAUGCAAGAGGGCAUGGUUAGGGUUGUACAAGAGGAUGAGAACCAAGCUGAUGCAACCCUUAUUGAGAUCAACCCAGCAGAUGCUGACCACAACAUGGGCGUCAUGGAGCUGCAGCUCGAGGGAGACGUGGUAAGAACCGUGGUGGGGAGCAGCGAGGAGGUGGUGCAGGGGGAAGCAGAGGAGGAGACGGGGGAGAUUCAGCUGGACGCCAACGGUCAGUUCCACAAUCUGCCCGUUGUUGUGGUGGAGGAAGAGACGCAGGGUGUCGGUAAAGCCAAAUGAGAAGGCAGCAAACUCGCACAAACCUCCCUCAGAGACUGGCAGGCUGAGUCAGACAGGGACGGGAAUUGUGUCGCUCCAAGCUGUCUUGUUUUUUUAUUACUUCCUGCACAGCCAAGCUCAGCUCUGAUAUGUCACGUAUUUGUAAAUGCAAGUUCAAUAUUCAGUUUGUUCAGUUUUUUAUAUGAGAACUUCAAUAAUUUGUGACGUUUUGUUUUGUAGGAGCACAUUCAGUAUUUUUGAGUGCAGAAGUUAAGAUUUGGGCACUUCUUUUUCAUUUCACUUUUGUUUCGGUGCCAAAAUGUCACAGAAUAGCCAUGGCCUGAUCUCCAGUCUUGUGAAUCUUCAAUCAGAGUCUUGCGAUACUAACAGUUGAACUGAUAUUUAAGACACUCCCGUAUGAGAAUUUAUACUGUCUAUAGUGUUUGUGUAGUAACUGAUAUGAAAAUCAUGGUAAAUGGCACUAAUGUUGAGUAAUAUGUCAGCAUACACAAACACAUGAGGAUGGAUGUGUGACAGAUGUCUUUGUGAACGGAUGCUGAGUGUCCUUCACUGAAAAUAAAAUGAUUCUUCCUUUCCCUGUA